AUGAGCCGCAUGAGCUCUGACAAGAUCUCUCGCCCAUGGCGCAGGCUGCUGAAGCUCUUCACCAUUGCGGCUCUUGGCGCUCUUCGCGGAUGGGUGUUCGCAGCCCCUGGACCCAGAUUCACAUCUCACCUGACCCGCCAUGCUGGCACUGGAGGUUUGGAGGAUAUCCAGAAGAUGAGGGCUCGAGAGAUCAAGAAAGAGUUGGAGGAUGCAGGUGUCGAUAUCUCUGACAUCUUUGACAAGGAUGAUCUGGUGGAGCGUCUUCACCAGCUCCGCAGCGGUGUCAUCCAUGGAACUUCCACCUCCACCUCCGCUGAUUCCAGUGAUCGCUGCGAUCGCAGCGGGGUGGCUUCAGAGCACGACGGUGCGGGUGCCGAUCCCACCGAGGGUGCGAGCUCGGAGGCGAGAAGUGCGCCAGGCCCUCAGAGUCACUCGAGCGACACCAGUGAGCCAAGCGACUUGAUGGCAAAGUGCAAGGCCAUGAGAGUGAAAGAGCUGAGAACUGAGCUUGGGCAGCGAGGCAUCAGUUGGGCAGAUGCCUUAGAUAAGGAUGAACUUGUUGAACGCCUUGCCGGAGUUCUACAGAAGGAAGCCUUAUUUUGCAGUUCAGGCCGACUAAAGCCGGGCAUGGUCACCAAGAUUACUGGUGCAGAGUUGGAAGAAGAGCUCCGAGAUUCAACCACUCCGUUGCUUUUGGAUGUCUAUGCCGUUUGGUGUGGACCCUGCAAGAUGAUGGAGCCUCAGCUGGCGAAUGCUGCCAAGGCCUUGGGGAACCGCGUUCGUGUGGCGAAGAUGGACUCGGAUGAGGAGACCAAUGCCUCCAGCAAGCUGAGAGUUGAAGGCCUUCCGACCCUCAUCUUGUUUGAUCGUAAAGGAAAUGUGGCACAGCGAGUUGAGGGUGCCUUGAUGGAGCAGCAAAUUAUCGAUCUAGUUAAUUCAGCCAAUCUCUGA